ACCAACGCGUUCAGUUUACGGAAGUACAUGUGUGUGUGACUUUAAUCGUAUGUGUGGAACAGCCCGUAACAUAUGACUUGUACCUCUUUUCAUUUCGUACGUAGUUUAUUAUUCUAGUUGUGUGAUAGUGCUGGCUCUCCGUCGGAGCCAUGUUGUUUUUGGCUUGAGUGGAGUUGGGAUAAGUUCCGAGUCUUGAGAGAUCUACAAAAUUUACAGAGAACCGGGACCCUAUGGGAGAAAAUAACUAGGUUUCUGGAGCUUACAUAACUUUUUUAAUUGUGCUCUGAAUAAAAUAGACCUAGAAAUGAAAUCUGACUGCAGGUCGCGGUGAUUGAGUCAAUGAUUAGAUUGUAUUUGUACGAUUAUAUUUUUUCCCGCUGUGAUUUCGGGAUUUCAAGUGGAGACUAAGGAAAAUGAGCGGACAGCCGCUACAGCAGAGGAGAGAUCCUCAUGUGGGCUCCAGGCUGCUCUCAGGGCAGCAGAACGAUGCGCUGUUUGCUCACCUGGGCAGAAAAUGCACUACUCUGUCUUCUGCCGUGGUGCAGGUGUAUGCAGCAGAUGGAAGCUCAUCCUGGACAAAAAGAUGUUGUGGUGUGGCCUGUCUGGUGAAAGACACCCCUCAGCGAUCGUACUUUAUCAGAGUAUUUGAUAUCAAAGAUGGCAGAACCUUAUUUGACCAGGAAGUCUACACAGACUUUAAGAUGAACUGUUCCAAACCCUUCUUCAUGACCUUUGCAGGAGAUAUGUGUCAGAUUGGCCUCAACUUUGCUGAUGAGCAAGAGGCCAAACAAUUCAAAGUGAUGACCAAUGACCUGGUGACAAGCAGACAGAGGAAAACUGAAAAAAGAUCUGAGCCACCAAAUGGACCUACACUGCCGAUGGCGACGGUGGACAUCAGGAACCCUGAGAUCACCAGUGUCCGAUAUAACAAUUCUCAAGUCAGCAACAACCUCCCCAGCAACUUCAGAAAGGACAAGGGCAAAGGCAAAAGCAAAAAGAAGAAAAUCACAAAGUCUGAAAUUGGCACACCUAGCAACUUCCGGCAUAUUGGACAUGUAGGCUGGGAUCCUAACACAGGAUUUGAUGUUAAUAAUCUAGACCCAGAACUGAAGAGCCUGUUUGACACAUGUGGCAUUUCUGAAGCCCAGUUAAAAGACCGGGAGACAUCGAAGGUCAUCUACGAUUUUAUUGAGAAACAAGGAGGAGUGGAGGCUGUAAAGAAUGAGUUCCGAAGACAAGCCCCUCCCCCUCCACCCUCUCGAGGUGGUCCUCCUCCUCCACCUCCUGUCCAUAGCUCAAGUUCUCCUCCUCCACCCCCAUCUCGUGGACGAGGAGCUCCGCCUCCUCCACCUCCCUUCAGAGCUCCCACUUCUGCUCCUCCUCCUCCUCCUUCCAGACCAGGGAUGGGAGUUCCACCUCCUCCUCUUCCAACAAGAGGACCCCUGCCACCUUCACCUAUGCCUGCCUCCAUGGCUCCACAAGCACCACCACCUCCACCUCCCCCACCUUCUGCAGGAGGAACAGCUCCACCACCUCCUCCUCCUCCUCCUCCACCUCCGCUGGGACCACCUCCACUCAAUUCUGCUCUCCCAGGAUUGGGUUCAGAGGGAAGGUCUGCACUCCUGGAGCAGAUCAGAGAGGGAGCGGCAUUGAAGAAAGUCGAACAAGGGAACAAGACGAUAGUGGACAGUGGCAGUCGAGGUGCUCUUUUAGACCAAAUUCGACAGGGCAUUCAGCUGAAAACAGUAGCAGACAGCCCAGAGCCAGCCUCCCUGCCCCCUCCUGCCCCUUCAGCAGGAAUUGUGGGAGCUCUGAUGGAGGAAAUGCAGAAGAGAAGCAAAGCAAUUCAUUCUUCAGAUGAAGAUGAUGAUGAUGAUGACGACGAUGACUUUGAGGAUGAGGAGGAAUGGGAUGACUAACGGUGCUCUAUCCCUCCAACUAAUGAGUGUCUGAAAGGAAAACACUAAACUGGUUUCAGUCUCUAAAUCGUACUUAGAUUAUUGUUUAAAUGGUUCACAUUGCUUUUCUAUUAUAAUCUAUAUAAUACCUCAUUGAAAAUUUUCAACAUGAAAAGAUUUGUCAUGUUUUAUUUUACUUGAAGUUUCUUUAUCUUUAUCCUUUUCUUGUCAGAUUACUAUGUAAUUUUCAUCACGUUUUCUUAGCUUGUAGAGUUGAAUGUGUAUGGGUCCCCCCCGAUCCAUCUUCUCCAGAAGGGAAGUCAGAGGAACAAAUUAAAUGUUGGUAGCUGAAACAGCAACACUGUUUUCAUACAGUGUUCUUCUGUACCUCAUGUUUUCUAUAUUCAGAUUCUGUUGUGGUGUCAUUAUUUUCUUAAAAGCUUUAAGAUUUUAAAUACAUUAAAGUCUCAAUCUACGAUAUGAGCAGGAAGUAAUAUCUCAGCAAUCUGGGGGAGAAACUCAUCAUGCUUGAGGAUUUCUUGCAACAUGAGUUGCUUUAGCAGUUGUACUUUUUGGUUCUGGUUAUCUUUCCCUUUUUCAAAUCAACCAGACACAGAAAUAUUUUAUUUCUGAUAUUCUAAGAAUUUUUGUGGUUAUUUUAGUCAAAUUUAGUGUUCGUAUAUUUAAAAAAAGUCCGCUCAGCCUUAAAGUUUAAUUUGUCAUGCUAAUGACCUAUGUUGUGAUGCUUUACAAAUUCCUCAUAACAAUCCUUGUCAUGAAUCUGACUACAAGCUAAAUGCGUUCUUGUUCCUUUUUUUUUUGGUAUCAGGAAACUUCAAAACAUAGGAAACUGGAAGUGUUGAGAUUAGAUUUAUUAAACUGUGCACUCAAAUGUCAGUUUACACAGUGUGGGUUUUAUUUUUAUUUAUUUAUUUAUUUUAAAUCUUGUGUGUGCAACCAUUUUCUGUUCUGCACAAUCAAAAGUUUGGACACACCAAUUAAUUCAUAGGUUUUUCUGUAUUUUGACUAUUUUUCACAUUGUAAAACAACACUGAAGACAUCAAAACUAUUAAAUAACAUGGAAUUAUGUGGUAAGCAAAGUGUUUUUGAAAAAAAAAAUUUCAUAUUUUACAUUCUUCAAAGUAGCCACCGUUUACCUUUGACAGUUUUGCACUAUUGGCAUUUCUGAGCGCACACAAUCCCAGACUGUGGUGUGAGGGUCACUCUUCAGCACAACAAAGAGCCAAAGCAAAAAAAAGCCAAAACAAUGCUGGAGUGGUUUUGGGACAAGUAGCUGUAUGUCCAGAGUCCAUCGGCAUCACCAGACCCAUUUUACUGGGGCAUGUGCCCUAGUAUAUAUCUGCUGUGCCCCAGUAACACUUCCUGAUCACAUUUCAGAAAUAGUAAUGUCUUUGGCGCUACGUUAUAAAUGUAUAGGCCAAUGACCGAUGCAUCCAAAUCGCACCCAUUCGUCUCUGUUAAAUUGCUGGAGGAACACUCAUCACACAAUUAACAUCACGUGAAACUACACGACUUAAGCUUCCCAACAGUGGUACCCACUAGUUGCUGUGAUAAAUGGUUUGCAAUAAAAUUAACAUCAAUUAAUUCACAUAAAAUUUAAUCAUAUUCUGAAUACUGCGUCCAUCUCCACACCUGUUCUUGACAGCGCAGUAGCUCACUAACUCCUGAGUUUACGACAAGCCAUACAUCAAAAUAAACAGCAGUCCCUACCAUUUCGAAUGGUAUAACGUAUUCAUCUGUGCCCUUCUCAAGUAAUCCGGUUUUGAAAUAACCGCAAAUUACAGCAGUAAUUUGUCUCCAACUUUGGACUGAUAUUCUAAUGUAGCUUACAUUACGUAGUUAUGUUGGUACACGAUAUAUUUUUACAAAUUAUUGCUAAGACAUACAGUAGGCUAUUCCACUAUCAUGAUGUUUGUUGCCAGAUUCCAGACAAUCCACACAAGUAUGAAAAUAUAUUUCGGUUGCCAUGCUUCGUGUAGUGGCAUACGUUCAAGAACAUGGAAAAUCUGUCAACGCAAAAUGUUUUUCCUUGAUAGAAUAACCUAGACUGUCCUGGAAAAAAAAAACUUAGACAAUAUCAUUAUAGCAUGUAGAUGGAUGGUCCUUAUAAUGACCAUGAGCUUAAACGUAAA